AAACAGAAUAAAUCAUUUUAUCGAUUAUUACACAUCAAAACAACUUUCUCUUCAAAAAAAAUAACAUGAUCAAAUUGGUGUUUUUAGCUAUUUUGGCUUAUGCCAGUGCUGCUAUUCCAACUUUAGAUUACAACUGCCCUACAACCGGUCAAAAAUUCUUUAGAUACCCAUACGAUUGUUCUAAAUUCAUUGAAUGCAACAACGGCGCCGCCACCAUUCAAGAUUGCAUCAUGGGCUUACAUUUUAGUGAAUCUUUGAAUUACUGCGAUUUCCCGGAUUCAGUUGGUUGCGUUGCUGAACAAAUUCCGGCCGCACCGGAAGGUUGUCCCGAAACCAACGGCGAAUUCGCCGUCUUUUUAGCUGAUGCAUCCGAUUGCAGAAGGUAUUAUGAAUGUGAUUGGGGAAAGCCAAUCUUAAUGGAUUGUCCAGAAGGAUUAUAUUUCAACCACGAACUUGACGUUUGCGAUUACCCUGAACAUUCUGGUUGCAUUCAAAAAUAAAUUAUCAAGAAACUUUGGAUUCAUAUAAAUAAUAGGUUUUAAAACUAUGUGAUGGGAUUAAAAGUAUUAUGGUUUAUGAGAUUUCUAUUAAAUAUUAAAUAAAUAAUAAAACUUCA